AUGGAAGGUGAAAACUCAGGUUUGCCUUUAAUCAAAGAAGAAAAUUACAAUUUUGAGGAUGAACAUACCAGAUUCACAGUUGAUGGAUCCUUGUUUGUAGAUUCUUCCAUAGAAGUGAAAGCUGAGCCAGACUACAUUGAUUGUGGUGAAGUUGAUGUAAAAUAUACAUGCCAGCCUGUAGAGAGUGAAGAAGACCAUUUCAGUUUUGAUGUGGAAAGGGAAAAGAUCUCUGUUGCAGAAGAAAAUAGACAUUUGGGUAGAAAAGAAAUAUUUUCAAAAAGAAGCAACAAAACAGGGAAGGAAAUAACAUGUGCUGAAUGCCAAAGGACAUUUUCACAUAUGUGUGACCUGAAAUCCCAUAUGAGAAGUCAUACAGGAGAGAAACCAUUCACUUGCUCAGUAUGUCACAAAAGUUUUUCUGCAGCAAGUGAUCUCAAAAAACACAUGAGAUCUCAUACAGGAGAGAAACCAUAUACUUGUUCUGUAUGUCAAAGUAGUUAUUCUCUGUCAAGUGUUCUUAAAAGACACAUGAAAACUCAUACAGGAGAGAAACCAUAUACUUGUUCUGUAUGUCAAAGUAGUUAUUCUCUGUCAAGUGUUCUCAAAAGACACAUGAAAACUCAUACAGGAGAGAAGCCAUUCUCUUGUUCUGUAUGUCAAAGAAGUUUUUCUGAAUCAAGUGAUCUCAAAUCACACCUGAGAACUCAUACAGGAGAGAAACCAUAUACUUGCUCUGUAUGUCAAAGAAGUUUUUCUCAUCAAAGUCAUCUCAAACCACAUAUGAGAACUCAUACAGGAGAGAAACCAUAUACUUGCUCUGUAUGUCAAAAAAGUUUUUCUCAUCAAAGUAAUCUCAAAACUCACAUGAGAUCUCAUUUAAUCAAACAAGAAAAUGACAAUCUUGAGGAUGAACAUACCAAAAUCACAGUCGAUGGAUCUUUAUUUGUAGAUCCUUCCAUAGAAGUGAAGGGGGAGCCAGAAUAUAUUGAUUGUUGUGAAGUUGAUGUAAAAUAUACAUACCAGGAUAGAAAGAGGGAAGAAGACCAUCCAAGUUUUGACAUGGAAAGCGGAAAGAAGAAACCAUAUUCUUGCUCUGUAUGUCAAAGAAGCUUUUAUCGUCAAAGUCAUCUCAAAACACACGUGAGAACUCAUACAGGAGAGAAACCAUUUACUUGCUCUGUAUGUCAAAAUAGUUUUUCUCAUCAAAGUUAUCUCAAAAUACACAUGAGAACUCAUACGGGAGAGAAACCGUAUACUUGCUCAGUAUGUCAAAGAAGUUUUUCUCGUCAAAGUAAUCUCAAAACACACAUGAGGUCUCAUACAGGGGAGAAACUAUAUACUUGUGCGGUAUGUCAAAGAAGUUUUUCUCAUCAAAAUGCUCUCAAAAAACACAUAAGAACUCAUACAGGAGAGAAACCAUUCACUUGUUCUGUAUGUCAAAGAAGUUUUUCUGAAUCCAGUAAUCUCAAAACACACAUGAGAACUCAUACAGGAGAAAAACCAUAUACCUGCUCUAUAUGCCAAAAAAGUUUUUAUCAACAUAUUCAUCUCAAAACGCACAUGAGAAGUCAUACAGGAUAG